AUGCUGCAGCUAUGGCAGGUGAGGCUCUUUUUAUUCAGUGAAGCCUUUAAUUCUCUUCAGGUGGUGAGUCUGGAAGUGUCUCAUGUGCAGCUGAAGCCAGUGUCUGUGGGAGUGUCCGGGGUGGUCAUGCAAGGUGCCGAGGUCUCAGCGACGGCGAAGCCCUUCUUCGUGCUUCCGCAACGUCUCAGUGAAGAUCUCCUGGUGAGUGCGUUGGAAGAGGCGCAACGACUUCAGAUGGACGACCACGAGGAUGAGGCCGAUUGGCUGCCGGCCUAUGAGACGUACGUCAUGGAGAAGGCGACCAUGGAUACAUUGGACCAAGGGCUUCGAUCCGCAGUGAUCGCGCUGGAACAGGCGGCCUUGCCCUUAGUCCAAAAGGCCUACGACUGUCCAACCUGUGUCUCGUGCACGGGCUUCGUCCGCAGGUAUUUGCCGCAAGAACGCAUGCGUGUUCCCCCCCACUUCGACAUCACCGCCUAUGCGACCAUCAUUUUGCCACUGAGCCCCCCUCAGAACUACACCGGCGGCUUUUUCGUGCAACCCACCGCGCAUGUGGAUUCGCGGCGCUUUGUGCCUUUGGGCCUGGGAGAUCUUGUGGUCCAUGAUUUCACGCUCAAUCACGGCAUCGAGGUCCUCCAUGGCGGUCGCUACAGUUUGAUCCUCUGGAUCUCCGAGACGUUGGAGGCCUGUCACGGCAGUCACACCCCGUGGCAUGCGCAGCGCGCGCGCGACGGCGACGCGGUGGCGCAGCAUUUGUUGGGCAUGAUGUUCAGCCACGGCAACGGCGCGCCUCAGGACGACCUGCGGGCGUUGGAGUGGACCUUAUUGGCUGCGACGAACGGCUUGGCCAACGCUCAAUUCAGCGCUGGCACCAUGUAUUUCGAAGGGAAAGGGGCUCCCGAGGACUACAAUCGGUCCUUCUACUGGUACGAAAAGGCCGCGGAGCAAGGUGAUGCUUCCGCGCAGAUCAUUGUGGCACGGAUGUAUUGGGAAGGCUUGGGAAGUCCAGCAGAUUCAGAGCUUGCUGCGUACUGGUACCGCUUGGGAUCGUUACAGGCUGCCAAAGGGGUUGCACUCUCUGGACCCCAGUGGCUCCUUUAUUCCUAG